AUGGGCUACACCACCCUAUGGAGGCGGCUUUCGUCGCACCAGCUCAAUAUCAUAAUCCAGAUUUUCUCCCUCAUCUCCAUAUUCUUCGAGGGAUAUGACCAAGGCGUCAUGGGAGGCGUCAACGCCUCGCCCACCUAUAUCACCGAGGUUGGCAUUGGCACUUCCGGUGGCACCGUGAUCGACAUGACGCAUCAAGGGGGCUUGGUCAGUAUAUAUUAUUUGGGAUGCAUCUUCGGCUGUUUUGUGGGCGGCUGGCUGGCUGAUCGACUUGGUCGCAUCAAUGGCCUUUUCAUUGGGUCAAUUUUCGCUCUCGUGGGAGGUGCCUUACAGGCCGCUAUCCAAAGCUCGGAUUUCAUGCUGGUAGCGAGAGUCAUAACGGGAAUCGGUACAGGAGCCUUGACGGGAAUCGUCCCAGUGCUAGUAUCAGAAACCUCCUCCGCCAAUCAUCGGGGAGGGUUUUUGGGUUAUGUCUUCAUCGCAAACUACUUUGGGAUCUCGGUCGCCUACUGGCUGUCUUUCGGUCUGGCAUUCAUCAAUAACGGCUAUUCGGACGUCAGAUGGCGCUUCUUACUUGCUUUUCAGUGCAUUCCGGCCAUUAUCCUUGUUCUUUUUGUCAAGAUGCUUCCAGAUAGUCCUCGAUAUCUUGCCUCAGUAGGACGCAAUGAUGAAGCUCUCGAGUUACUGACUCUUAUUCGAGGCCACAAAACGACUCCCGAGGAGUUGGAACAUGAAUAUCUUGAGAUUAUCGCCACCGCAAGAGACAGCAAAAAAAGCUCUCCCAUUCAAUUUGCCAAGAUCCUGGUUGGCAAGGAAGGUAGACCGGGGUCGAGCUUAAGCCGACGUGCCUGGCUCUGUCUGUUUCUCCAGAUUAUGGCAUCUUGGACUGGCAUCACUGCGGUAACUGCUUAUUCACCCGUCCUUCUCAGCCAGGCUGGAUACAGUGAGAUUACACAGAAUGGCCUUGCAGGGGGGCUAAACACGAUUGGCAUCAUUGGGACAAUUAUCAGUGCACAGAUUGUGGACCGCCUUGGUCGCCGGCCCUGCCUUAUGUUCGGGUCGGCAGUUCUAUUCACUGUCGAGUUGAUUGCUGGAUGUGUAUACGAAGGCUCCCUUCAUAACCCCGAGAAAGCAUCGCAAUAUGCUCCGGCAGCGGUAGCAAUGCUAUUCCUUUUCAAUUUGGGAUAUGCCGCGACAUGGGGCACUGUAGCGUUUUUGCUGCCAACGGAGAUUUUUCCCUCGGACUUGCGUGCCCAAGGUAACGGGUUUGGGAUCACUGGGUGGGCAAUUGGGGUCGGUAUGACCACGCUGGUCAAUCCAAUCAUGUUCGACAAUAUCAAGAGCCGCAGCUACUUUCUCCUUGCCGGCUUAAACUUGAUCUGGAUCCCCACAGUAUACCUCUUCUACCCCGAGACUCGCAACCGGUCUUUGGAGUCGAUUGAAGCCUUGUUCUCCACUUCCAGUCCAUUCUAUUGGAAGAUGGAGCAAGCCUACCAAUUCCGUGGCAAUGUUAUUGCUGAGAAGGACAUCAAUAAGGUCCCUGGGAAGAGCAAAAGUAAGCAUGCUGAAUCCCAGGGGCUUUCUCAUCAAGAGGCGAAAUCAAGUAAUAGUAUAGUAUGCCCGUAGAAUGGGCAUACUUAAUAUAGAGAAAAAUGUUUCC